AUGGCCAACGAUGGCCGCGGCGGUGAGGUGGCAGUUGUCAACCUCCGCCAUCAAGUGGUCGUCGAUGUAAGAUUGCCACGACAUCGUUUGAGGGUCAAAAAUUCCCAAAGCAGUGUGUGUGACGAUCAAGUCUCGCGCGGACAUCCUGGAGGCCUGGCCAUUUGUGGGCAGACUGAUGGUGCGAUAGCCGAGCUUCGCGCGGAUAGCCUGGAGAUGAAGGACUUGCCUCUGGUGGAAAGCCAGAAGGUGUCUCGCAUGGUCAGCCUGGAGAUGAAGGCCUGGCCUCUUGUGGGAAGCUUAACAGUGGGAUGUCGGGUCACAAGCGGACAACUUGGAGAUGAAGAUCUGGCCUCUUGUGGGAAGUUUGGUAGUUUGAUGGCCGGGUCGCAUGCAGACAACUUGGAGAUGAAGGUCUGUCCUCUUGUGGGCUGCAUGAUAGUGUGA